GGAUUUUGUGUGUUCAACUGCUGAGAUUCGACGUCACUCUGUCAACUUUUUCUGAUCGUCGUCACCCACCUUCUGUCCUGUCCUGUGUCCUCGUAAUCAAUUGUUCUCACCACUCCCACUCCAGAACAGAUUGAAGGAUCGACGUGGUGGGGUGUGUCCACCGUAAAGUACAAAAAAAAGUUUCGUGGUUGGUUGACUCAUUGAUACGAAAAUGUCCAACAACGCGGAACAACAUCAGGCUCUUUUGAUGAGUGAUGAUGACGAAGAAGGUCUCGGGUUUGGGGAGGAAGGAACCGAGGCAAAAAAUCGACUUCGACAUCCCGUUGUUGCUCUGUUUCACGUCCUUUUCCGUGGUGCUGCGAUUCUCAUGUACAUGUUUGGACGCUUGUUUUUCUCCGGAUACAUUACUAUCUUCGUCACGGUGCUUGUUCUACUCUCGUUGGAUUUUUGGACGGUUAAAAACAUUACGGGUCGAAUUUUGGUCGGUUUGCGGUGGUGGAAUCAUGUCGACGAGGAGGGAAAAAGUCAGUGGGUGUUCGAAAGCAAGAAGGGAAUCAAAGCGGGGGGACGAGCCCCAGAAAAGCGAGUGUUUUGGACCGGACUCAUUGUUGCCCCUGUGUUGUGGUUUCUUUUCUUCCUCUCGUCCUUUUUCACGUUCAGCUUCCAGUGGACGAUUUUAACUAUCAUCGCCUUGGCCCUGAAUGGAGCCAAUUUGUACGGAUAUAUUCGAUGCAAGUUGGGACACAAUCCUGGGAUGUCGGAUGCAACUGGAAUUAUUCAACAAGGAAUUUCCAAAUUUGUCCUACAACGAGCUACACAAUCAUCACCUGCCGACGAAGCGAACGGUUUCAAAGCACCUACAGUUCAAUCUGUAUAAACGAAUUGUAACACUUAUCUAAUAAUUUCAAACUACUACUGCUACAAACUUCCAUCUCGUAAUUUCUCGUCACCUCGAAAUACCAACCAAAAUAUAACUACGCUAGAAAUACAGCCAGGCUAAAUACCCGUCACCGUUUUUAAUCUCUUCGUUUCAUUGUCCACUACCCAAAGAACAAAAGGACAGCGCCAAAUUCUAGGGAAUAUACAUAGUCUACUUUUGCUGCUAUUAUGGUCUUCAAAUUCCCAAUAUUUGUAACUUAUUAUGUGUAAAAUAAUAUCUGCAAUGGUCUAAUAUUAUUAUUUAUGUUAUGUAUAUCCUUGUAAAAUGUGAUGAUACUUUUGUAUAUUGUAUAAAAAUGUAACUAUCGACACGCCGUUAAAAUACUGGUCUGCUUUGCAUCGACAACUUCUACGUAUAUGGAAGUUAAAUGCAAUUAUUGUCAAAAUAAACGUCAGUUUUAGUAUAUAGUUAAA